AUGGGCGGAAAAUUUAUUGAUAUUAGUAAUAAUAAAAGUAUAAAAAGAGCAGAUUGGUCGGAAACAGCUCCACCUUGGCGAAAAACUAGACGCGGUCUAUGUCUGGAAGGUUUAUGUAGAAAUAAUCAAUGUAAAGCUUACAAACAUCACGUUGUUAUCCCAAUUGGUUAUAAGAAAUUCGAUAUAAUUAUUGAUUCAAGUGAAACUACAACUAAAUGCCCUUUAUGUAAGCAAUAUGUUGAACCAAUAACAUGUGGUUUUAAUAAUUGUUGGUGGAAAUAUGAAGGAAUAAAACAAGAUGAAGACGGCAAACCACCAAUAAGAUGUUCAAGUAAUUGGCAACAAGCUGAUAAUGCAUAUCAUUAUUUUGAUGAACAUACAAGUAGAAUAGUCUUAUGGAAACAACUGAUUAUUGAAGCUGUUAAAAAAAGACCUUUAGAAUAA